CCUCUGUUUUUGAAUGAGAAAAUCAGAUCGGAAAGACUGAGACACAACCGUGAAGAAAGAAGAGAUUUUUAAGGUUGUUUGGUCGAAUGAAAUGAACCGAGAAACGAAGAAGUUCUCUCAGCCGCCGGAGAAGAAGCUAAAAAGGGAGAAACUUCCGGCGAACCCAUUGAGAGGAUUGAGUACAAGAAGCUCCGGAAGCAGUAGUUGUAGCAAUGGCAGUGGUAACGGGUCAACUAGUCACAGGUCCUUGCUCUCUCAUUCUUUCUCAUCGUCUUCCUCUUCGAUGGGAGUGAAUCCUCAUAGUGGUGGUGUUAGACCUGUGAAGCCAGUAGUAGCUAAAACCCCCAAGUCUGCUCCAGUUUUGAGUAAACCUUUAAUUAGAAAGAAACCAAAGUCUCUGGAGGAGACUAAGCUGAAGUCUACGGUUACUGAGAAGUCUCAGAGAUGUAGAGCAAACCCCACUUUUGGAAAGAGAGUCGCUACUGGUAAGAUUAAAGGUUCGGUUUUGAAGAAGCAGUCUUCUGUUUCUACAGUUAGAGUAGAUGACAGUGUUGUAAAGGUUGUUACUCCUGUGUCUAAACUAGGAACAGGAUCAGAUUUGGUUUCUAGAAGCAAUGCUGGUAGACUAAGCAAGAGUAAUAGUAGUAAUCAAGAGAAGACACCACCGGUUCAAGCAUCGGUAUCUCCAGAGAUGCACUGCGGAACGUCUAUGAGUUUGUUGUCAGCAUCGGCUCAUUCACAGGCCUGUUAUGCUGCUGGGCAUUUACUCUCAGGUGUUAGUGACAAGAGGAAGUGCAAACCUAAAGGGAUACUCACUGUGUGUGAGAACGGUUUCGAGGUUGGUAAGGGAAAGAUAAUACUGAAUGAUUCUGAUGAAUUUGAUGAAGGGAGUUUUGGUGUUGGUGGAAGUUGUGAUGAUGAUAUCUCUAUGAUGCCUGCGUCAGUGCAGUGGCUUUUAUCUCCUUGUGAUGAGGAGAAAGAAGAUGAGAAGGAGAAGUAUGAGGAGCUUCAGCAAGUUGCUGAGUGUGUUGGCCAUGAGACUCCUUCGCCACUAUCUGAUUUAUGCAACAUUAGUGGUGGAGGAAGAAGUCUUUCACCUAUGAGAAGGACUAGUUCUUCUCUUUCUCCGAACGAGCUUUCUCGGUUCAGGAGAUUUAUGCAGCUUUCAUCUCCUUCUGAGCAUUUGGGAGGAGACAAACAGUCUCCCUUGUCUACUGAUACACUGGGGAGCGAGAAUGUGAUUCAAACACCAGAGUCCAACUCAAGCUUUGACAGUUACUUCAGACUCUCGUCUUCCCAAGGUGAAAUCAAACUUGAGGUUGGCUCAGAGUUGGAAUCACUGACAACGACUCUUCAGUCAGUCAGAUUGUCACCAAAGGAACCGAGCUGCUCAAGUUUCAACUUUGAGUCUUUGGCCACAUCUUCUCAUUCCAUUGAUCUUUCACAGUUUCAGAGAGGUUUAGUUGAAGGUGAUGAUGCUCCUGCAGGAAAAGGAAGAGAACUGCUUCCAUGCUCUGCUGCUGAGUCAAUAAGCACUGAUGGUGGUGGUGGUCUGAUAUGUUCUGAGGAUUCAAAUUGGAUGGCAUGUUACAACAAAAGUUAAACUUCCUAGACUGAUUAGUUUCAAGCAUCUCUUUUCCUUGUAAGUAUAUGUUCACGUUAGCAGGUCCUGUUGUUGUGUUUCUCUAUUGUUUUCUUCACCAUUUCCACUUAUGAAACAUCAAUUCUUAUUCUGAGCGCAUCAGAAUAUUUGAAGUCCUUUAUAGUACUUUUUUUUGUUAAACCAAUAAAACAUGCUUUUU